AUGUCCGAAGACUCGUACCUCGUCGCGCCACCAGCAUCAAUGAAGCGCAUCCCUAAAGCAUGCAGCGCAUGUCGGGUAUCCAAGGUAAAAUGCGACGGCAGACGCCCCUGCACGCGCUGCCAGAAGAUCAAGAAGCAGUGUGUUUUCUUUGAGAUUCCAAGGGAUCCUGUGGCUGAACGGCUCGAGAGUGUCGAGUCAGAGGUCCGUCGGUUGCAGGGGCAGCUCGAUGAGAUGAGGGAGAUGCUUCUUCAGCCUCAGCAGCCGGAUGCCCAUGCGUUCAAUGGAGCUGGACAAUCGACUGGCCCCGGGGCUGAGUCGCAGACGUCCAGGUGUGGAGAGAGCUUCUCGACCAUCUCUCCGGCAGUGACGGCCAUGACGGAAAAUGCCACUGGCACAUUUCUAGGACAGAGCAGUGUGCCCUUGCAGCAGCAUGUCCCGGCGUUGCAGGAGAUGCGCCCGGCAAAGAGGCGGCGCUCUGAAUUUGAGAUCAGGGAAGAGCCCAUCUCGGAUUUCAUCAGGCAGGGGCUCAUCACGACGGCCUACGCAAGGGACUGUUUUACAACAUUCUUUCAAGGCUGCGACAGGUACAUCCCCGUCUUCGACCCGAAGCACGACACCUUCGAGUCGGUGCGGUAUCGGAGCAGCAUGCUGCUGAACGCGAUCUGUACAAUCGGGAGCCGGGUCGAAUCUAGAUCCUCGCAAUUAUCAGAGUUGCUGCAGGCAGAACUCAAGAAGUGGAUCAACGUGGUGAUCCAGAACGAGGCGUUGAACUGCCUGGAGUCGAUCCAGGCACUGCUGGUUAUCGCUUGCUAUUCCGCCGAGCGCUCGUUGAUUCUAUCGUUCGCAACCCGCAUGGCGCUUGAUCUCGGUCUUGACGAGGCAUUCGAGCAGCUGACGCAUCGGCUAACGAUGAAGGAUGUGGAGGGAGUUCCAGUUCCAGGCAUUGCGGGAGCGGCUGAGGAGGAGAACGUUUUGAUGCGGAAGUCUCGAACGUGGUUUGGGCUCUUGGUGUUGGAGCAUAUAUUCAGUCUCGACGGCGGAAAGCCACCGGGCAUUCGAAUGACGGGAAACGCACGGCGCUGCCGCAAGUUGCUCCGUCAACCUUCUUCCACAGUAUUGGAUCUUCGGUUAUUCUCUCAGGUCGAGUUGAACGUCAUCAGAGUGCAUAUCAACGAAAUAUUAGGCGGCAAAUCGCCACUGGCUCGAGCUGACAUCGCAGCGUUCGUGCAGGACGCGAAGCUUGAUUUGGAUUUGUGGUUUGAUGACUGGCAACGGAUAAUAGGUACAGCCGACGACAGAACUGAACUUGGGCCAAUGCUAAUCGGACAGAAACCGCUCUCGCCCCCGAUGACGAAGAACGAGCACCGCUGUUGGCCGCCCUGCGUGUCCAGAACUGCUGGAGGCAAUGUCGCCCAUCGAGCGAAAGAUCCUGUUGAUGGCAAAGGCCAGCGCCCGGAAACACCUCAGCCUCAUCACCAUCGAACCGGACUCCUACCUCGCGAAGCUCAAAUACGCGAUGGACUUUGUCUGGGCAAAAUGCGCGUUCUGCUUCCUGCUUCUGCUCAAAUUAUCGCGUCUCCUUCCAGAGGGGAAGGAAGAGCACCAAGAACUGCUAACCCACGGAAACCGACUGCUCGAUGA